AUGCUCCCACUCUCUCUCUCUCUCUCUCUCUUCUCUCUAUCUUUACCCCCCUCUCUCUCUCUUUUCCACUCUCUCUCAUUUUCUCUUUUUCUUUUCCCUUUUCUUUCUCUCUCUCUUGUUUUCCUCUCUCUUUCUCUCUCUCUUGUUUUCCUCUCUCUUUCUCUCUCUCUUGUUUUCCUCUCUCUUUCUCUCUCUCUUGUUUUCCUCUCUCUCUUGUUUUCCUCUCUCUUUCUCUCUCUCUUGUUUUCCUCUCUCUUUCUCUCUCUCUUGUUUUCCUCUCUCUUUCUCUCUCUCUUGUUUUCCUCUCUCUUUCUCUCUCUUGUUUUCCUCUCUCUUUCUCUCUCUCUUGUUUCCCUCUCUCUUUCUCUCUCUCUUGUUUCCCUCUCUCUUUCUCUCUCUCUUGUUUCCCUCUCUCUUUCUCUCCCUCUCUCACUUUUCUCUCUCUUUGUUUUCCUCUCUCACUUUUCUCUCUCUUUGUUUUCCUCUCUCACUUUUCUCUCUCUUUGUUUUCCUCUCUCACUUUUUCUCUCUCUUUGUUUUCCUCUCUCACUUUUUCUCUCUCUUUGUUUUCCUCUCUUUUCUCUUUUCUUUUCUCUCACUUUUCUCUUUUGUUUCCUCUCUCCUUUUCUCUCUCUGUUUUUCCUCUCUUACUUUUUCUCUCUCUUUGUUUUCCUCUCUCACUUUUUCUCUUUCUUUCUUCCAUAUUCUGUUUUCCUCUCUUUCUCUUUUUUGUUUCUCACUCCUUCUUUCUGUUUUCCUCUCUCUUUUUGUUGCUCUCUCUCUCUCUCAUUGAUUACUUUCUUUUAA